CCGACUCUUAUGACUUGAACCUGUUGAGAGGGGGGGAAGUUGUGUGUCUUGUCCUGUCCUGUCCUGUCCUGUCCUGUUCUGCUCUGCUCUGCUCUGCUCUGGUCGGGUUUUGUCUCACAGCUUGGCCGUAAUUUCAGUUCCGGGUCGUCUGGAGGUACCAGGGCAUGCUGGAAGUUACCAGACGGUUACAGACACCAUCCAGUGGUGCGUUGACUGAACCCGUUUCUUUUCCUGCCUUGAGUUUCCUGCCCUUCCCGGUCGCAUUAUGGUUCUUCGGGGACCAGUAGAGUCGAUCGAUUAGAGAUCGGUCGACAAUAAUGAUGUGAUCUUAAUUCAUUGUCCUUUAUUAUAUUUUACUUUUUGACUUUCAACUGUCCUGUCGGUCAAUUGUCAAGCAAUGCCCAGUAUCCUGCAUAGAUUACAAGCCACUACUUUACAUCAUCACCAGCCUAUAACUAACUGUACUUUUACUUACGCGUGCCUAUACCUCACAUGCAGGCCAGCGAGGCUUGGUUUGGCUGCGUCAACCACCCCUCGUCCGCCCAUCGUCGCUUUUCUCCCUCUCGUUGGUGCUUCGCUCCCAAAGCCGAGGGUCGUGUCGUCAUGACUGAUCCUGGUGGAUGGAGUCGUCCGGGGCGAUCACCUGGACGGUUGGGUACUGGUUUCGAUCUGCCAUUCUCCUCUUCCCUCAGGAACACUCGUGGCCUUGUUGUACUUGUGGUUCAGCAAAUGAGAGCCCGAACGGCCGGUAAUCGGCGUAUCGGUUCGCCCUCGCUGGUCACCUCCACCACCUCCACCGUUCCGUUCCCACUGUCUUUCAUGCCUUAGUCAUGCUGAGUCCAUACAGCGCACGAGAUAUGGGUCUAUUGGAAUUUUUGCGAGGGCAUAUAAAAAAAGGUGAAAAUUGAGAAUGAGAAUACUAAGUGGACCAUUUUCACCUUGGCGGACCAUGGGGUACCCUGGUGCCCUGGUUCC